AUGGCUAGCUGCAGUCUGAACUUAGUUUGGUCGCUGGUAAGCUUUUCAUGCACCAUCUGGAGUGCUUGUUAUGCUGCAAAAAGGGACACACUGAAACCAGGGGACACUCUCAAUUCCUCAGAUACCUUAGUUUCUGCCACGGGGAAGUUCACUUUGAAUUUCACUGUAUUAGAUGAGGGCAAACCGAACUCCAGCUACCUAGUUCUUCAGAGGACUGAAGAUAUUAUACCAUUUUAUUCCUGGAUCUGGAUUGCCAACCGGAACACACCAAUUAUGUACCCUACGGGAGCUCUUACCUUGGACAGGAAUGGAACACUGAAAAUUACGCAAAAAGGUCGUGAUCCUAUAGAGCUUUUCUCAGCGCCACGAACUACCAAUAUUAACAGUACUACUAGUGUUGUGGUGGCUACUCUGUUGGAUACUGGAAACUUUGUCCUAAAAGAACUGAACUCUAUCGAUGGAUCAACGAAGCAAGUUUUGUGGCAAAGUUUUGAUUAUCUUGCAGACACGUUUUUACCAGGCAUGAAAUUAGGUGUGAACUACAGAAAUGAUCACAUUUGGUUGCUUACAUCAUCGUUGAUUUAUUCCAGCCCAGAGACAGGAGCAUUCACCUUUGAAUGGGACCCCAGAGGACACCAAUUGCAAAUCAAACAACGUGGGGUGCUUUAUUGGAGUAGCGGGGCAUUUAGAGAUGGGACAUUUGAAUUUUUAUCACCUUAUUAUGGUGAAUCCAAUAAGCGGAGCAUUUAUAACUUUAGCAUAGUUUCAAAUGAGAACGAAGACUACUUCACUUACACUACUACUGUACAUCAAAGUAACCUAUGGUCGCUAGACUCAGAGGGGUACCUAUUGAAAACACUGCCGGUGGACGGCCACUUACCAUCACAAUCUCCAAGCUGUGAUGGAUAUAACACCGACGGAGGGUGCCAGAAAAGGCACCAGCCAACUUGUAGGCAUCUUGGCGAUAGAUUUGAGACAAAAGUGGGUUAUUUCGACAGUUCCACAAUUGAGUCCUCUGAACCAAACAUUGAUUCGAAUACAAGCCUCGGCACUAGUGAUUGUAAGGCGGCUUGUUGGGAAAAUUGUGACUGUCAUGGGUUCGACUUUCCUUAUGAUAAUAAGACUGGAUGCAGAUUUUGGACUGGAAACUGGGAGUUCAACGAAAACACUACUGGCGAUACCACAACGAAUUAUUUUGUUUUACUAAAGUCAUCUCGCCGUAACGCACAUAAGUGGAUAUGGACUGGCACGGCUAUUGCCGUUGCUCUAUUGGUCAUGGUGCUUUGCAUCUCGAGCUAUCUACUAAGGAGGAAACUAUUUUCAGGGGAGACCAACCCGAUGAUUGAGAAUGAAUUGCUUGAAUGGAUAGAAACUGAUAGAUCCACUGGCGAUGUCAACGGGAAUGAUGGAAAGAUGGGAAAUAAUUUGACAGUAUUUAGCUACGCAUCUGUCGUGGCUGCCACAACUAACUUCUCGGAAGAAAACAAGCUAGGACAGGGAGGCUUUGGACCUGUUUAUAAGGGAAAACUUGUGACGGGACGAGAAAUCGCUGUGAAGAGGCUUUCAAGAUGUUCAGGGCAAGGAACUUUGGAGUUUAAGAAUGAAUUGAUACUCAUAUCUGAACUCCAACAUACAAACCUCGUUCAGCUUUUUGGCUUCUGCAUUCAUGGGGAAGAGAGGAUAUUAAUCUAUGCCUACAUGCCAAACAAAAGUUUGGACUACUUUUUAUUCGAUUCAACCAGAGCGAUGCUACUAGAUUGGACGAAGCGGUUCAACAUAAUUGAAGGAAUCGCUCAAGGACUGCUUUACUUGCAUAAAUACUCAAGAAUGAGAGUAAUUCACAGAGAUUUAAAAGCUAGUAACAUACUACUUGAUGAAAAUAUGAAGCCCAAAAUUUCUGAUUUUGGUUUGGCAAGAAUUUUUACACAUAAUGAACUUGAAGCAAAUACUAAUAAGGUUGUUGGAACAUAUGGUUACAUGUCUCCCGAGUACGCUAUGGAGGGGAUUUUUUCAAUAGAAUCUGACGUCUAUAGUUUCGGGGUGUUAAUGCUUGAAAUCAUUAGUGGUAGGAGAAAUAGUAGCUUCUACAAUGCUGAUCGCGUGCUCAAUAUAGUAGGAUAUUCAUGGGAGUUAUGGAAAGAAGGCAGGGGGCUAGAGCUAAUGGAUCCAACACUGAAGGAUUCAUGUACUGAAGAUCAAUUGUUAAGAUGCUUCCAUGUUGGUCUGUUAUGCGUGGAAGAAAAUGCAGCUGAUCGGCCCUCCAUGUCUGACGUCAUAUCUAUGUUGACCGCUGAAACAAUUUCAUUGCCAUUACCUACAAGGCCAGCAUUCAUCACAAGAAGAAAUGUUAUUGUGUCUGAUAUAAGUAGAAGGGAGUUGCAAAUUAUAUCAGUAAAUGGUUUGUCUAAUACCACAGUUGCUGGACGAUAG